UGUAAGGGUCCUUAGACCUAACUGACUAUGUGUCUGAAUGCAUGCAGAUUAUGUUCGUUCCACCUAGAUCUGUUGUCUGCUAGCUAUGAUAGAGUAAGAAGAUUUGUUCAAUGGGAUGGAUUCUUGAUGAUAAUACUACUUGUAAACAAUAGGACAAACCCUGUCAGAAAACAAUCUGUGUUUUGAGAGAUUGCCAUUGUGGUAUUUGUAUCAUUUCAGUAACUAACAAAAUUAGUUUUUUUUAUUUCUGUUGCAGACAAACUGUGUACCACAUUGUUUAACUUAAGCUGAUCAAUUUGAUUUGUAUGGGUACCAGAAAGAUGAACAGAAAUUUCGUUUUGGUCUGACAAGUUUUUAUGUAUGAUUGUGUGCAACAGAGGAAUUUAUUUCAAGAUUUUGGCAAAGGAUUCUCAUCCUUACGCUGUCUUGGGAGCACCAGAUUUUUUAAAGUAGCCAGAACUAAUACAAAGGAAGGUUUAGCUGUGGUGAAAGUGUUCGUCAUACAUGAUCCGUCAUUACCAUUGGCAGAACACAGAACCAAGUUAGAGGAUAUUCGCCUUCGACUCCAUGGGACAUCAAACUGCUUGCCAUUCCAAAAAGAUGUGCAAUCAGACAAAGCAGCCCUGUUGUUUCGUCAGUACAUCAAAGACAGUCUGUAUGACCGUAUCAGCACCAGGCCAUUCCUGAACACAGUGGAGAAAAAAUGGCUAGCCUUUCAGUUGUUAUGUGCCCUGAACCAAUGCCACAAACUAAAGGUGUGUCAUGGAGACAUAAAGGCGGAGAAUGUGAUGGUGACGGGAUGGAACUGGUUAUUACUUACAGACUUUGCCAGUUUUAAACCAACUUACUUACCUGAGGAUAAUCCAUCUGACUUUUCAUAUUUCUUCGAUACAUCUCGGAGACGGACCUGUUACAUUGCUCCAGAAAGGUUUGUGGAGGGUGGUCUGAAGAAUUUGGAGAGUGGAGGUCAAACUGGUAACCUUGACCUUACCUCUACUAGUGAGGUCAAGGCCGGUGAGCUUACCCCAGCCAUGGACUUAUUUUCAGCAGGAUGUGUUAUAACAGAGCUGUUCACAGAAGGUACGGCCCCAUUUGAUCUGUCACAGCUAUUGUCCUAUAGACAUGGCGAGUACAGUCCUUGGAAAGUCCUGGAGAAGAUAGAAGACACAAGUAUCAGGGACCUGGUGCGACACAUGAUAAAAAAGAACCCUGCACAUCGAAUGUCUGCAGAGGAGUAUCUGAUCCAGCAGAGGGGCAAGGCAUUUCCUGAAUAUUUCUAUACAUUCCUUAAAUUAUAUGUACAGAGAUUUGCCACAGCACCUAUACUCCCACCUGACGAUCGUAUUAACAGAUUGAAGCGAGAUUAUGAGCUAAUUUUGAAGAGCCUUUGUUUGGAUGAGAAGGAUCCGGACCAAAACACAGGACUUGUUCUCAUCAUAUGCCUCCUUGGCUCCAGUGCUCGGAAAUUACAUUUUUGCAGUUCCAAGUUAAUUGCUCUAGAACUGUUGCUGAAGUUUUCCAAGUUCCUUACACCAGAUGUCAUACUAGAUAGGAUCAUUCCAUAUAUGCUGUUUUUCACAAAUGACCGCUCAGCCAGAGUUAGAGCAGAAACCAUCCGUGCUAUUACACAGUGCCUAGUUGGCAUCAAAUCUGUCCCUCGAAGUGAUGCCAAUGUUUUUCCAGAAUAUAUUUUCCCUAAUUUGACACAUCUGACUCAAGACCCUGCCACCAUGGUGAGAGCUACAUAUGCAGAAAACAUUGCCCAGCUGGCGGAGACUGCUUUAGGUGUUCUGGAGAUGAUGCAGCUUCAGGAACUCGAAGAAAGUGUUGAGAAUGAGAAUGUAGAUUCUGAAGGUGGCCUCUGUCAGGCCAGCUAUGACAUGGAGCUGCUGUCACUACAGGAGACCAUACAACAAAAAGUCGUUAUGUUACUCAGUGACUCGGACAACGUGGUAAAGCAGGCUCUCUUGGAAAAUGGAAUCACCAGACUUUGUGUGUUCUUUGGCAGACAGAGAGCUAAUGAUGUCCUAUUGUCACAUAUGAUCACUUUUCUCAAUGACAAGACUGACUGGCAUCUUCGUGGAUCUUUCUUUGGUAACAUAGUGGGCGUGGCAGCCUAUGUUGGCUGGCAGAGUUCAUCCAUCCUCAAACCUUUACUGGAACAGGGCCUGAGUGACCCAGAAGAGUUUGUGGUACAUAAAACUCUGGGUGCCUUGAAGUCUUUGACAGAACUGGGGCUGAUACAGAAGACUAUGCUACAGGAGUUUCUACAUGAGAUAGUGCCCUUCCUGGCUCACCCUGGUAUCUGGAUCCGCCAGGGAGCUGUUGGUUUUAUCUCUGCUCUAUCUAAGACAUUUAACAUUGCGGACAACCACUGUAAGCUACUGCCCAGUCUCCAGCCAUUCCUUAAUCAACCUAUUUUACAAGUCGACAAGGAGAUGUAUCUAUUGAAUGCUUUGUCCGAUCCAGUACCCAGACCUGUGUUUGACUAUGUGAUGAGGUCCAACACUCUGGACCGCCUGUUUGACAUGCUUCAGAAGAGACAGUAUAUGAGGAGACACGGACAUAAGCUGUCCUAUCCUGAACUCGACGAAACCAUGUCACUGAUUUUCAGGAAGCUGAUAUCAUUUGGUAUGACUGAAGCACACGAAGACAAAAUAUUUGCUAUGAAGGAGUACAUCUUGAAGCUACACAGAGCCAGAGCUGGAUCAUCAGAAAACAACAGCUCCAGCGAGUCUAAUGACACCUACAAAUCAGGAAUGUUAUCUAUAGUGGGUAUGGGGCGGAGUAUCACCCGCAGACAUGCCGAUUUACUGAAACCUAAGGAAAACAAGGGAGAUAAUCCUGCAACACCACCAAGAAGGAAGAAAAAAAUUCCACCAGUGGAACCAUCUGUCUCAAUGAAUGCUGAAUGGAAAAGCAUGUUUGGAUCAAAUGAUUCUGCAACAUCACUAGGAUCAUCUCCUAAAUUGAAAUCAUCAGUGAAGUCAGAGACCCCAGACAAGCGUUCUGUACUCACAGCAAGUGGUAUCAGCCAAUCGUCUUCAUCCUCUUCAGGCAGUUUUGUUACGAUGUCACCAGGACAGGUGAUUCUCUCAGACUCAUCCAAAUCGAAUGUGUCACAAAACCCAGAGAAAAGCUCAUACACAAGAUACCAUCCAUGUAAAUUGGACCUACGCAAUUUGGUCCACAAGCGACGGGACCAGUACUCCGCAGAUGUACUUACAAAAGACCUGCUGGAGAACAUCGCCUGGGAGAGUCGACCCCCACCCAGUAAUUGGAAACCCAAGGGUCUUCUAGUCGCUCAUAUGCAUGAACACAGAGCAGCAAUAAACAGAAUCCAAGUGUCACAUGAUCACCUAUAUUUUGCGACCGGAUCAAAUGAUGGCAACGUUAAGAUCUGGGAAUGUGAGAAACUGGAGGGCAAAAGUGUGGCAAACAGAUCUAAACAAACGCUUAACAAACAAGGUGGUCACAUUAAGAGUUUGGUGUUCUGUGAGGGCUCCUUGUCACUCGCAUCUGCCUCGGACAAUGGGACUAUAUACAUCUAUAGAAUUGAGACUGGAAAAGCAAAUAUGAUCAGUGACAUACCGGUCAGCAAGGAGGAUUACGGACAAGUGGUGGACAUCACUCACUUUGAUACUGGUGCACAGUCUGUGUUAGCUUAUGCCACUGUGAAUGGCUACCUGGUAGGAUUGGACCUCCGUUGUAAUGAGGAGGUGUGGCGACUGAAGAAUGAUCCAAAAACAGGUUUGAUUUCAUCGUUUGCGGUACACCACUCUCAAUGCUGGUUGGCUGUAGGGACCAGUAGCGGUACACAUGUUUGUUGGGAUCUCAGGUUUCAGCUUCCCAUAACUUCCAUCACUCACCCUACUGGGGCCCGCGUCCGCAAACUCAUUGUCCAUCCAAAGGAACAAUCCUGGAUCAUAUCAGCCACUCAGGGUAACAACGAGGUGUCUAUGUGGGAUGUUGAGACCGGCGCCCGACAGAAAGCUUUGUGGGCCAGUACGGCCCCUCCUCUUUCUCAGAACCAGACUAGUAGCCAUUCUAUCUACGGUAUGCACAUGGCUGUGACAGACAACAAUGUAUUCAUGCUGACUGGAGGUUCAGACAUGAGAGCGCGCUUCUGGGACAUCACAUACCCAGCCAACUCAUUCAUACUAGCAUCAGCAGCAAAUGAUAGCCAGCACACUGGGGCCAGCUACAGGUCAAGGUUGAUAGACGGCACUGAGGUCAUACAGGAAACCUACACCAAGAAGCAGGUGAGCAACGAUGACAUUCCUCGGCGUGGCCCGGAAGCUCCCUCUCAAGGCCAUCAUGACAUCAUCAGUGACAUAAAUCUGUGUCAGACAUCACAAUGUCUUGUCAUCACAGCAUCACGUGAUGGUGUAGUGAAAGUGUGGAAGUAAAGAAACAAUGGCUGUAACAUGUCAAAAUCCGGAAAUGAGGAUAAUCAGUGGUCGUCAUUAUGUUACUAACAAGUCAUCAAGGUGAACAAGCCUUGUAUUAUAACAAUUGUACUCCUCAAAGUCUAAAAUGUUGAACAAGUGCUGGAUCCCAAAAAAAAUUAAAUGAUUUCACCAGAUAAUGAUGCUUUUCAAAAGUGCUAUAAGUUUGUUCUGUUCGUGGAUAAGGCCUGAAGGUUUUGUGCAAUAGAAAAUAAGUUCACUGCGUUAUACAAUGAUUAGAAUUUGAACCUCCUUUCAGUACGUACUUAUCCUUGUGGUUAGGAGAAAAUGGAUUAACAUGAAGUGCUCAUUGAUGAUUCACAUGUUCGUUUUUGUGUCUGAGUGUGAUUUUUAACUGUUGAUAUGACAGUUGUGAGUAUAACUCAUGUGGGGAUUUAGAAACCUGGUCCAAGUCUCAAGCCGGGAUUUGAAUAUUAAGAAUGUCAUUCACUGUCUAAUAUUAGUCAUAGUUUUAUUUUUUUGUUUUUUGAACAGAUGUCAUGAUAAUUUGAUCAUAAAACUUAAAAAAAAAAGAAAUGCUUAAUAUCAUGUUAUAAGUUAAAAAAGACCAAAUAUUUGCCUUCAUGAAUGAUGAUGUUAUUUUGAAUAGUUUUGUUUGAACAUUCAUGAUUUCAUGAAUUCCAUCUCACAGGGGUUAGACUAGAAAUACCAAAGCUAUAUUGAUCAUUACGACAUCAUACUUAUAUCUUCAAAGCAAAUUUCUUCAUGAUCACACUCUUGUUUAAAUCUGACAUUUACAUUUAACAAUUAAAAGGAUUGGAAAUGUCAUUAAAGACAUUGAACAGUGAUAAAAGUCAUUAAAAAUGUCAUGUGAUGUUUGUUUGGUUUACCUGUUUAAUGUCUUAUCUCACCAAUACACAUCAGUAGUCUACAUACUUGAGAGAGGUAGCCUUGUCCUCUUAUCCAGGACAGGUAUGUCCAUGUUUUUACGGGUGAGAUUUCUUUAUCUCAUAAGGUUGAGACGGGGAGAUUCCUCUUUCAUAUCUAUCAUAAUAUGACAUCACAUUUACAAUGGGAAGUAUUUGGACAACAAAAUCACAUGCCUAAGAAGACUGGCAGGGUUAGAGAAAAAUAACCAUUCACCCCCAUGUUGGUAAAAUAGAUCUGAACCCAUUGGAAAAGAUUAUUAAGUUACAAACAAUCAGGAAAGCUUGUAUUUGCUAAGGUAAUCAUUUUUCUGAUUGGUCUGAGAUUACCUAUCUCACCUGCAAAGCAGUGAAAAAAUCUGUUACCAAGGUAAUACCCACCUCUGGCAAGUCUUUUGCCUUGACCAUCCUGUACAUUGUCAGAGCUGGGCCGGGUGGCUGGAACAGACUGGUGUACAAGAGCUGGGCCAGGUGUCUGGAACAGACUGGUGUACAGCAUAACUCGUAGUGUUCCCCAGAUUCUGUCAAGGUAGUCAUCAUUGGUCCAUUGUUGUUGCUCCAAUGUCAAUGUGCCACGUAAUGAUAGUGUAAUGGUUAAUUCGUGUGAGAGUAGUGUAUAGCAUUGUCCUUAAGGUGCUUUAUUGUGAUUCAAAGCUUCAGACAAAAGUAUCAGAAUGUGCUACACAUUUAGUGAGGAAGAAUGCUUCUUUGAAAGUGUUGGAGUGAUGAACUUGUCUAAAAAAAACCUGAAUGUAUGAUGAAGUAAUGAUAUUGUGAUUUUAAUUAUAAGAUAUAUUUGUUGGUAUUCAGAAACUGAAUGAUGAAAAUGAUAGUGCAUUGCAUGACUAAAUAAAGUAUU